AUGCUGCGAGAUCUUGGACUGGCUGCGCUGGCCUUCGCUGCGACGGUUGGGCGGUCGCAGGCGCAGGGCGACGUCUUGAAUCAGAUCAACAGCUCGAUUUGCACAUGGGGCCAGCUGCGAGCGGCUGUUAUUCGCGACACCGUCUACCUGGACGGAGGAGGCUUUUCCAACGGCCAGGUACAGGUCAACAGCGACGACAACGCAAAGGGCCUCGUCUACAGACUGCCUCUAUCCUCCUCGUUCAACACCUCGUCCGACAACCUCACCGCGCUGUUCAGCACCUUUGAAAAAGGCGGCGGCAUCGCGGGCAACCUUGCGCCGACCUACCACGACGGGGUGAUGUUCGCCAACGACGGCAUAGGCCUGCUGGAAAACACGGACGCCACCGACAGCCCGCCCGCGAAUACGGUGCUCGCAUACGAGCGGUACCAGUACGGCGCCCAGCGCAGCGAGUGGGAGCCCCGAUUCGUGAGCAGCAAUCUGGACGACGGCGUCACUCGGUACAUCACCGCGGGCGCUGGCGUCUCUGCACCGAGCGAGAACAUGGGAUUCUAUGUGAGUGGGAUGCGCGCGCCGGGCUGGGGGCCGAUCUGGGACAACGAGACGGCCACGAAUGUAUCGCAGCGCAUGAUCACAAUCGACAUGUCGGACAUGGAGAACGGUGUGUUUGCCAACGUCUCGCUCCCUAACGAAGUGCCUGGACGCGCUAAUGGCGAGGCCGUGUGGCUUCCGGUCGCGGCGUCGGGUGUUGUCGUAUUGAUUGGCGGCGUCACCGAGCCGGAGAACAUCUACUCGGCUGGAUUGACGGAUCAGCAGGUGGCGGAGAGCGAGCGCGAGAGCCCGGCGUUCAUGCGGACGGUGUCGGUGUACGAUGUUGCGGGCGAUCGAUGGUUCCACCAGAACACAACCGGCGACAUUCCCCCGCAACUGACGGCCUUCUGCUCCGUCUAUGCGAGCGCCAACGAUGGCUCCUCCCACAACAUCUACAUCUACGGCGGGUACGACGGGCUCAGUCCGCUGAACCAGUCGUCCGACGACGUCUUUGUCCUCUCGGUGCCCGCCUUUGAAUGGGUCAAGCUCUACAGCGGAAACGGCACCGCCAACGGGCGCAAAGAGCACAAAUGCGUCAGGCCGUACCCGGACAAGAUGCUGGUUCUCGGUGGCGUCCAAGUCGGAGGCUCGAGCCCGUGCAUCGACAUGAUCCGCGUCUUCAACCUCAACACCGGCCGCUUCCAGGAUAAAUACGACCCAGAAGACUGGGACCAGUACGCAGUGCCCGAACUGGUUAUUGGGAGAAUUGGCGGAGACGCAAGCGGGAGUGCAACAAAAACAUCGCCCGACGCCUGGACAACAACCUCCCUAGCAGACGUCUUCAAAGCCCGGUACACCAAACCAAUCGCAACAUACUACCCGUACGAAAAGACCGGCAACACCAGCACAACCACCGUCCCGUCCGGCGGCGGCUCCGACUUCCCGGGCUGGGCGGGCGCCAUCAUCGGCGUCGUGCUCGGCCUCGCCCUGCUCGCGGCCCUCUUCGCAUUCUGGUUCCUGCGCCGCCGCAAGCGCAAGGGGUCGCGACGCGCGAGCGAAACAAGCCGCGGCUCGCGCGUCAUGAACUGGGUGAAUGCCGGUGGGGCGUUUGCGCCGCCGGGACCAAAGGAUCCCGACAUGAGCACGGUCUCGGGCGGGCUGACGACUGCGAAUGAGAGUACGGUUGCGGGGAGCGAGGGGACUGCGGCGGUGAGCCGGACGACGGCCGAGGCGGGCGGGGAUCAGGUCUACGAGAUGCAUGGCCACAGCGCAGCGCACGCCGUUGAGCUGCCGACGUCGUUCAACGAGGCCACUGGCAGUAUCUCUGCGUCGUCGCCGGCAAUGAGCUCGCCGGCAAUGAGCACACCACUAGGCUACAACUCGCCGGUCUCGCCUGAAGUCCCGGGCCAGGGUCCGCAGGAGAAGGAAGGCGACACGCCGGUGCGGCCGACGCAUACGCGCAAUGUCUCGAGCCUGUCGAGCGUGCAGUCGUACAGCCCGGUUAUUGAGGAGGGCCGGGCGGUGCGACCGCAGUAUGUGUCUGGGGUGUCGGAGGCGAGCAUUAGCUCGGCGGGGACGAGACUGGACAGUGCACUGGGGUACAGGGGGUUGGGGCUCGAGGAUAUUCCCGAUACGGAGGGGCACACGGAGGGGCACGCGGAGCUGGAGGGACACACGGUGACGGAGCUGGAGGGGGAGAGCCCGAGUGGCACUCUGGAUCCGACGGCUACGUUGACUUCGAAUAAUAACUCAUGA